GCCGCUCCCAGCCGCCGCCGCCGCCGCCGCCGCCGCCGCCGUCCGGGCCUCGCUCUACUCCAACUUGGAAAAAAAAAAUGUCUCAACCUACAGAGACUGAGAGAUGCAUCGAGUCCCUGAUUGCUGUUUUCCAGAAGUAUGCUGGAAGGGAUGGGAAGAACUCAACUCUGUCCAAGACGGAGUUCCUAACGUUCAUGCGUUCAGAACUGGCUUCCUUCACAAAGAACCAGAAGGACCCUGGCGUCCUUGACCGCAUGAUGAAGAAGCUGGACCUCAACGCUGAUGGUCAGCUAGAUUUCCAAGAAUUUCUUAAUCUUAUCGGUGGCUUAGCCAUAGCUUGCCAUGACAGCUUCCUCAGUUCCCAACCUCAGAAGCGUAUCUGAGCCUCCAUGCGCCUGGCCUCAAACCUUGGUCUUCGCCUCCAGCCAUUCAGUUGUCAUCUCCCUCUCCCAAUUCACAUUUACCCCAAGCCUAAUACACCUGCCACACGGUGCAGCCCACUCCUGGUGGCAGUAAUAAAAUAAUACUUUUAAACAUA